AUGCUAUUUAACAAGCACAAACUAUCAGAAGAAUACACAUUUCUACUUGGUCUUGCAAUUAAAACUAUUACAUCUACAAAUCCAGACUCAAUUUCAGUUGAUGACGUUAAAUUUUUAACAAUUCUCCAUAUUUACUACAUUUCUAAUGGUCGAAAUGUUCCUAUCAAGACAACACAGCUUAUUUACUGUUCUUUAACACCAUUAAUUUACAAUUUAGACAACUUUGUUCUUAAAUUCAUCACAGAAAUUUCGAAAGAAGUACCAGAAACGAUUUCUAUCCUUGCAGUUAAUCUUUUUCCAUCAGCAAUCCUUCAAGAAAUACAAAGAUCGAAUUUGUCUUAUGAAAUCAACAUUGAAAACAUUCCAAUUUUUGAGACAAUCAAAAGAAACAACCAUGAAGAAGUAAUAAUGCAAUUUUCAACACAAAAAAACAUUAAUUUCGAAUUCAACACAAAACAAAUUCUUCCUGACAGGAUGAGUUAUCAAGAUAUAUUUGAUAUUAAUUUUAUUUGUAAGUUGUCUCUUAUUUCAUUAUUUUUUAAGACAAAUUUAAAUUUGAUUGAAUCAUUUAUCAACAAUUCAUUUGAUUUUUUGUCAACAAUCGACAAGAAACAUUACAUGCAUUUUGUUUUAUGUAUUUGUAUUAUUAUGAAUGAUAUCAAACCUAAUCAAUACUUUUUAGUUUUCAUUCAUAAAUUAUAUACAAGUUUAGUUUUUGAUUCAAGGAUUUCUAUUUAUCAUGAUACAGAAGAUUCAUUUCUUUCUACAAUAAGAUGGUCGGCAUUUGAUGUUUUGAACAUUGAAUCAACAGCUUUUGUUUUUAAUGCAUUAGAAAUUUUGUUUUGUCAUCCUUAUAUGUAUUGUGAAUUAUUAUUAAGACUUUCUAUUGGUCAUACUUAUCUUCAAGUUGAAUUUAAGAAAGAAAUCAUUGAAUUGUUGAUUGACCACUUCCAUGAAUACAAAGAAAUCUCUAAUGAAAGAACUAUUCUCGCAUGCGGAAACAUUAUUUUGUUUGUUUCAAGAUUAUUGACUGAUAUUCAUUAUUUGAAUAAUUUCUUUUCAAGUGAACAUCAAACAACAAUUUUUUUGAGUUGUUUGUUUGAACAUUCAUUAGAAAAUUUCACAAUUCAUGUAAUAAGAUCUUAUUUAACAAACACAGAAGUUUUUUCAUCAAAUCUUUGCAGCUUGUUAGGAAAUUGUUUAAGAAUUUGUUGUUUAUCACCUUCUGAAUCAGGAUUACCUGUUUAUAUCAAUAUUUUGUCUGCAUUAAAUGAUGUACAAAAAAUUAGAAAACAAGUUUGUGAAUAUUUAAUUAGUUUGAGAUCAAUUUUAUGUUCAAAUUUAUGUGAAAUUUGUCAUAGAACUGAUUAUGAACAUUUAGAAGAAAUUUUAUAUCAAUGUUUAAAUUUCUUUACUUCUUCAUCACAAAUUGUUAAAGCAACACAAGAAGAAGUUAGUUCAUUUGAAACAAUGUUGGAAAUUUUCAAAAAUAGAAAAAUUCCAAAACGAUUAUUUAAUGAAACUAUUCAAGUUAUUGCAGGACAAUUUUUAUCUUCUUAUGCUCCAAAAUAUAUAAUUACUGAGCCAAAUUUCUUGAGAUUUAUGCUUCAAAUUUAUAAAGACAAAGACUUCAAAAUUGCCAUUAAAUUCAUUCAAGAUUUAUGUAGUCAUGCAAGUGUUAAUAUUAUUAUUUGUCAUCAAUAUCGAAUUGAUAUUUUAUUGAUAGAAUUAUUAAGCAAACAAAGAUUAUUAGAGCAUCCUAAUUUAGAAUAUGUUCAUAGUUGUUUAGAUUUGUUUAAGACAAUUUGUUCUUUUAUGUCUUCUGUAACUGUUUCACAAAGAUAUGUUUCAUUGUUUGCUCCAUUGAAUAACAACAAUAUUUCAUAUUUAGAACCAGUUUUUAUCAAAGGAUUGACAGAUAUUUUGCAGCAAACUUAUAGAAUUCCAAGUGGUUUUAUAGAAUUAAAACCAAAAGGACAAAAAGUUACAAUCAAUGGAUUAAAUCGAUAUGAUCUAAAUAAUCCUUUCUGUUUUGUUACAUGGUUUAGAAUUAAUUAUAGUGUUCCGAAAUAUUCACCAAACAUUUUUACAAUUUAUGAUUCAAAUCAUAACAUUAUACAAGGAACAAUUUCAUGUGAUGAAAUAACUAUUACUGUGAGAAAUGGAAUUACUCGAUCAAUUGGAAAAGUUGAAGAACAGAUGCCAUUGAAUACAUGGACGUUUCUUUCUAUUUUGUUUAUUACUGUUAAUGAAAGAUUUGAAGCUUUUGUUAAUUUUAACAAUAGAAGUAGAUCAUUUUGUUUACCAUUUCCUUUAGUUAAAUUUGCUGGAGAUGCAAAAAUUGUUGUUGGCGGUGCUGAUAUUCCUUCAGGUUUUGAAGUUAAGAAAUUUGUUUCAUUGUCUAGUUUUGGUAUAUUAAAUAUCAAUUCUAAUGAUCAAAGUUCUGAAAUAGAAUCAAUUGGUCCUCAACUUGAUAAAAUGCCGCAAACAAAUUAUACAUUUUUAGUAAGAGUUACUUCAGCAAACAAAGUUUUGAAUUUGAGUUUAAUAACAAAACAAGAAAAUAUUAGUUUAUCAACUACAGGAACUCCUUCACAUCAGAUCUCUAUGAUCUAUGAUUGUUUGGUUAAUAUGUCAGGUGUUGAUUUGUUGUUGCCUUUGUUUAGUUUAAUUGACUUCACUUUUCCAAAUGGCCAACCGUUUUCUGACAGUUUUCAAUUAAUUUAUGAGUUGUUGUUUAUUGUUAUUGUUAAUUCAGAGAUCGCACAGAAAAAUAUGAGUGAAACAAACUGUGUAGAAAUCUUGGAAUAUUUGUUACAAAACAAUGACAAAAAAUUAUUGAAUUAUGUAACAUUUAACAAGUUUUAUUUGUUGUUACAAAAAAUUAAUGAUACUGGAUUGCAGUUUAAACUUGCAAAGUACAUAUUGUUGAAUUAUAAUUUAUGGGCAUCAUCAAGUGAAUUCAACCAAAUAAUUAAAUCAUGGCAUCGAAAAUUAAUUCCUUUCAUUGCAAAUCUCAAAAUCAAAGUUUUCGAUUUCAUUGAAAUUUCGUCACUUUUGGUUAUGAACAAAUGUGACAAUGAAAUCAAGAAACACUUAACAGAUGUAUUGCUUGAUAUUGCAAGUAUCGAAUUUAAGCAGAAUGACUUGACAGUUUUAAUUGCUCACAUUGCAAAAGUUUCAGCAAAAGAAAAUUGUUUAUUUUUACUUAAUUUGAUGGAAAAGAUUUUGAUGUUACAAAACAACCCAUUAGCUAAUCUUGAUUGCAGUGAUUUACAUCAUAUUAUAUUUGUUAUUGGUUUAAGAGACAAACAGAUAACAAUGAAAAUGCUUUCUAUUAUAGUUAUUGCUUCAAGAAUUCUCAAAAACAUUUCUCUUUAUGAAAUUUGUGAUUCUAUUAUACAGUUACUAAGAAAUGAUGAUGCAAAUAAUGAAUUAUAUGAUUUCUUAUUUGAUUUAGUUAGUAAUUGUUCUGUUCAUGGCUUGUUAAGUCUUUUAUCAUGGUGUUCUUUGACUUUAGGAGAAGAAAAAGUCAAAAACACUUUCAAUAAUUUGAAACCAGAUGAAAAAUUCAUUUGCAAUUUCUCUUGGAUGACAUGGUCAUUGAUCUCAGCAAUUGUUUAUCCAAAUACUUCUGUUUAUGUGUUUAAUUUCCUCAUUGAAGUUUCUCCGAAAUGUUGGUUAGCAGUUGAUGCAAAUUUGUGCUUUUUGGAAUCAGUUUUUAAGUAUAAUUGCGAAGAAUUUAGAAGAUCUUUCAUUUCGAUAUUGUCAAAUAGAUUAGUAAUGAAUUAUGGAAGUGAAGAAGAAAUGAACAAUUAUUAUCAUAUUUUGUUGAUGUAUUUGACUCGUCACAGAAGGUCUCCUAACAAAGCUUUGCAUGAUUUACUCAGAGAACAUCUUAAUUAUCAAGAUAAAAAUACAUUAACCAUCAAAAACCAAAAAGAAAAUGAAAUUUCACAACCUCAAAAUGUCAAAAAUUCUAAUGAAAAUUUUGACAAAAAUAAUGAAAAAUCUGACAAAAAUGUCAAAAAUGACGAAACAUCAAAUGAAACUAUCAACAAAGUAAAUGAAAGUUCUAAUGAAAAUAUUGAUAAAAAUAAUGAAAUUUCAGAAAAAUCUGACAAAGUUGAAGAAAUUUCUCAUGAAAAUUUCAAAAUUGAUAAUCAUGAUGUCAAAGAAAAGUUUGACUUAGAUCAUGAAAAUAGAAAUGACAAAAAUUCGAAGUUGAUUCCAAAAUCUAUUUCUAUGGAAGAGAUUUUUAAUUUAGAAAUUUCAUCUCCUUUAGACUUUUAUUUCUGUAAUAAUAAUUUUGAUGGUGUCAAAUUUGAAAUUUUUGGAUUAAGAGUUGUCAAAAAUGGAACA